CCCGCCCACCCCGCCAUGGCCGCUCGGCUGCUCCUGCGGGCGGCGCGGCCGCUCCUGCCGCCGGCCGGGCCCGGGCGGGGCGUGCCGGGCCCCGCGCUGGGCGCCGCGUUCGGCUCCGGGCCCCCCCCCGAGAAGAAGCGAUGGCUCCGAGCGCACCUGGAGAUGCAGCGGCUGCAGGCGCCGCCGCGGCGGCGGUCCGAGCAGCCCAACUGGGAUUACCACGCCGAGAUCCAGGCCUUCAGCCACCGCCUGCAGGAGGACUUCUCCCUGGAGCUGCUCAAGACGGCGUUCGUCAAUCGCUGUUACCUGGAGGGCGAGGCGGAGCGGCGCCGGCGGCUCGGCGUGGACAAGGACGCGGUCGCCCUGAGCCUGCGGGACAACGCGAGCCUGGCCGAGCAGGGGCUGCGCUUCGCCCGCUCCUACCUCACACAGCGCUUCCAGAGCGCCUACCCCGCCUUACCCGCCCAGGGCGUGCGAGCCCUCGUGGAUUUCCUCACCGGGCAGGAACGCGUCUCGUUCGUGGCUCGAAACCUCUCCCUCCAGGACCUGGCGCUUUGCAGGGACUUCCCCGCCCCGCCGCAGGUGCUGCGGAGGACGUUCCUGGCCGUGAUAGGAGCCCUGCUGGAAAGCAGCGGGGCGGAGAGGACGGGCAUCUUUGUCAGGGACUUCUUAAUUCCCCAGCUGAUCGGAAAAGACCUGUUUGAGAUCUGGGAAGUUGUAAAUCCUAUGGGCUUACUGGUGGAAGAACUGGCCAAGAGGAAUAUCUCUGCUCCAGAGCCAAGAAUUACCAGACAGCUGGGAGUCAGCACAGUUCUGCCAGUGUACUUUGUUGGGUUGUACUGUGACAAGAAGAUGUUGGCUGAAGGCCCUGGGGAGACGCUGCUGGCUGCAGAGGAAGAGGCUGCGCGGGUGGCCCUGCGGAAGCUCUACGGGUACACGGAGAACAGGAGACCUUGGGACUACUCAAAACCCAAACAAGGAUUGGCAGCUCAGAAGGCAAUCAGCAGCAGCUAAAAUGCUAACAGGCAUCUCUGGUUUCUCGUAAGAAUUAGAAAGCCUUCUAUGCAGAAUGUACAUGUAUUUAGUUUGUUUUUCUGGCCUGCAGUGCUUGAGAGUUCCAAAUCGAAUACGGUGUUAAAAUGAAUAAAGUCUCUUUGUUUUGCA